AUUAUCGUUUUGCUUCUUUCUUCUACAAUACAGGUGGGGAUGGCUUGGAUUUAGCGCCGGAAGUACUAUGGGAAUUGUGCGAAACAAGUGGAAGUACUCCGCGAGGGCCUCGGUGACGACUAUCCUGGCGUCAAUGACCGGUGGCUUCGUAGGAAUGGCAAUGAGUUUCAUCUUGAAGAAAGGUCAGCAUGACGUCUCGUGGCUCAUGAAUACUGUCAUGGGAUCGCUUGUGGCUAUCUCAGGCGGCGCGCCCAUCUUCCGUCCCUGGGCCGCGCUGGUGGUGGGCGCAGUGGCGGCGCUCCUCGUGCUGGCGGCCAUCCCGCUACUGGACCGGCUGCACGUGGACGACCCGACCGAGACGUUCGCCGCACACGGCGUCUGCGGCCUCUGGGGGCUCCUCGCCAUCGGCCUGUUCCCCGAACGCGACACGCUCAUGGACUACACGCACGGCCGCUCCGGGCUGCUGGCCGCCGGCGGGGACGCCAGCCUGCUCGCCGUGCAAGCGGUGGCCGCCGCUUGCAUCAUCGCCUGGGCAAUCAGCGCUUCGGCCGUGCUGCUGCUCCUGAUCAAGUACACGAUUGGACUGCGCAUGACCGCCGAGCAAGAAAUCCUGGGUCCUGACCUCGUGGACCACGACAUCGAGCACGACUACAACUCGCCUUUUCUUCGCGCACUGCAGGAGCACUAUCGUGCCGGUCGCAAGUUGAAAGCCCUGAAAAUUAAGGUGGACAUUCUUAGAGAAUAA